GCUCCCUUGAGUUGAUGAGGGGGUUUGUUUGGGUUUAAAGAGUCGCCUAGUGAUCGCUGAAGAGGAAACAAUAAAUACAGUUCACCUGUCUGAUGCAGGAAACAUUUGAGGGUUCCAGUUCUCUUCCGUGAAACAGGUGCACAGCGGCUGUGAAGUCGCACUUGUGCAUGUUUGGUGAAGAUGUUUGGUGUCGAAUAAACGCUCAUCUCAGUCUGACUCAGUCAUGGAGUUCCGCUUUGGGAACGUGGUGUUCAGCUCGCGCUUUGACUCUGGGAAUCUGGCCCGUGUGGAAAGAGUUGAGCGACCAGAUCCCGACGGUAACACCGGCAGAUCGGCCAACGGUUCAGUGCACACACAACCCGACUAUGAGUUUAAUGUGUGGACCAAACCCGACUGUGCCAGCACAGAGUUUGAAAAUAGCAACCGGUCGUGGUUUUACUUCAGCGUGCGAGGGAUGUUACCGGGGAAACUGCUAAAGAUUAAUGUGAUGAAUAUGAAUAAACAGAGUAAACUUUACUCUCAGGGCAUGGCUCCAUUCGUCCUCACACUCCCUGUUAAAACGCGCUGGGAGAGGGUUCGAGAGAGACCAACGUAUGAGAUGUCAGAUAGUCAGUUCAUCCUGUCGUUUGUUCAUCGUCUGCUGGAUGUUCGGGGGGUCAUCACACAUUUCUCCUUCUGUUAUCCGUUCUCAUACACCGAGUGUCAGGACAUGAUGCUGCAGCUCGAUCAGAAGUUCCUCAGCAGCACACACACACUGGGACCCUGCAGUCCUUUAGAGAGUAUUUACUAUCACCGUGAGCUGUUGUGUUACUCUCUGGACGGACACAGAGUGGAUCUGAUCACGGUUUCAUCCUGUCACGGUCUGUUGGAGGAGCGAGAGCCGCGGUUAGACAGACUUUUCCCCGACCUCAGCACGCCACGACCACACUGCUUCACUGGAAAACGGGUGUUUUUUCUGAGCAGUAGAGUACACCCCGGCGAGACGCCGUCCAGCUUUGUUUUUAAUGGUUUUCUGAACUUCAUCUUGAGUCAGGAUGACCCGCGUGCUCAGACGCUCCGCCGGCUGUUUGUUUUUAAACUCAUUCCCAUGCUCAAUCCCGACGGGGUCAUCAGGGGUCACUACAGGACAGACUCACGUGGCGUUAAUCUAAACAGACAGUAUGUCAACCCCAGUCCAGACCUGCAUCCCUCUAUAUACGGUGCCAAAUCUCUGCUGCUCUACCACCACAUACACAAUCAACUUGGCAACAACGCUUCCUCCGCCCUUAAAACCUCCAACCAAUGUAACGCCACCCAUCCUCUGACCACACCCACUGAGCUGGAGCGCUGCCUCAACCUGCGUAAUGAGGCAGAGCGAGGGGAGGGGCUUAGACUUGACCUAUCAGAGAUCCCCAUGCAGCUGGAGGAGAGCUGGGAUAAGGGCGACGUCGAGAGGGAGGCGGGUCCCUGCGAUGAGAACGAAUCAACAGCGAGCAGGGGGGAAGCAUCACCUGUGCUAAACCCUGCCUCAUCUUUGCAGAUCCCACCACAGGAGAGCGGAGUGGCCUAUUACAUAGACCUGCAUGGCCACGCCUCCAAGAGAGGAUGCUUUAUGUACGGCAACAACCUGACAGACGAGAGUCAACAGGUGGAGAACAUGUUGUAUCCAAAGCUAAUUUCACUAAACUGUGCUCAUUUUGACUUCCUGGGCUGUAAUUUCUCAGAAAAGAACAUGUAUGCUCGAGACAAACGUGACGGUCAGUCGAAAGAGGGCAGCGGACGUGUGGCCAUUCACAAAAGCAUUGGCCUCGUGCACAGUUACACACUAGAGUGCAAUUAUAAUACAGGCCGCUCGGUGAACACCAUCCCACCCGCCUGUCACGAUAACGGGCGAGCCACACCCCCUCCACAGCCCGCCUUCCCACCCAAAUACACACCUGAGGUGUUUGAACAGGUGGGGCGUGCUGUUGCCAUAGCAGCGCUGGAUAUGGCGCAGUGUAACCCGUGGCCGCGGUUGGUUUUGUCAGAACACAGCAGUCUGGUGAAUCUGCGCACGUCCAUCCUCAAACACGUGCGCAACAGCAAGAGCCUGCCGUCCAACAACCAGCGAAACGGCAACUCGAAGACCACCAGCCCCGCCAAACCGGCUAGUUUGAGCAGCUCGGUUUCAGAGAACUCGCUCAACCAUGUGCGCAUUAAUGCUAACGUUAAUGGAAACCGCCAGACGUCUCCUCAGCUCAAGAACUCACCGAGCUUCACCUUCGGUUGUAGUGCGUCCGGCCCCGCCAGCGCUCACGGCACCAGCACACACCGGCCCUCUCACAGGACCCCGGGGCCCGUCAGAGAGUGUAAAGCUCAGGAGAAGAGACGACCGCAUCACCAGCAUCAGCGUCACGCCCUCCGCCAGCAGGCCUCUGCACGCCCCCCUCCCUCGCCAUCAUCCUCCCCGUCCUCCUCAUCUUCAGGUGGUGUGGGCGGGUCCCCGGGCCCCUGCUCCAUCAGUAUGGCAGGCAACAGCUGCCCUGAGUGUCUCAGUAAAGACUUCCCUGUGCGUGGUGGGUGGGGCAUCAAGACUGGCAGAUCAGGUCCCGCCCACUCUCAUACAUCACAGCAGAAGAAGGCGUUUCCAGCACAGGAACCUCUGCAGGAGUCUGUGGACUUAUUGACAUCUAUUGAAUACAGCAGGUGCGCUCUGCAGCCGCGGUCCAGUCGUAUCCCGGUGCGGAAGGACAAUCAGUCGGCUGUCCCCCCUGUCUCAGGCUGCUCCGAGACCCUGAGAGUCUGGAAACUGAUCAAGCCCGACAUCAAAAAACACCUGGCAGGUGUGGCUGGGAAAGAUGGUUCUUCUCUGCGUCUGACCCCUAAAGUUCUUCUGAGGAACCAGAGUUCAGGAGGCGCCACCAAUAAAACACCUGCCACAGAUACACACGCAAACAGAUCACUGCAGACGUGAGACGUUCAGUGUGUGGGUGACUUUGAAUCUACUCACAGCGGUCUGAGCAUCUCUACACACACACACGGAUAUGGUCUUCAUGUUAAACUGUGCUUGAAGAAGAGUCAUCCCAUUAGUGAGGCUGAAACAGUUUGAAGAGUUUUGUGUCUGCAGACUCUCAAAGACAUCAUACAACCAGUAAAAUGAACUAUUAAACCCGGAGAUGCCCACACUAGCACAAUAACACUAAAGUCAUCUCUUAGGGGGUCUGGGUAGCUCAGCGAGUAUUGUCGCUGACUAUCACCCCUGGAGUCGCUAGUUUGAAUCCAGGGCGCGCUGAGUGACUCCAGCUAGGUCUCCUAAGCAACCAAAUUGGCCCGGUUGCUAGGGAGGGUAGAGUCACAUGGGGUAACCUCCUUGUGGUCGCUAUAAAGUGGUUCUCGCUCUCGGUGGGGCGCGUGGUGAGUUGUACGUGGAUGCCGCGGAGAAUAGCGUGAAGCCUCCACAUGCACUACGUCUCCGCGGUAACGCGCUCAACAAGCCACGUGAUAAGAUGCGCAGAUUGACGGUCUCAGACGCGGAGGCAACUGAGAUUCGUCCUCCACCACCCGGAUUGAGGCGAGUCACUACACCACCACGGGGACUUAGAGCGCACUGGGAAUUGGGCAUUCCAAAUUGGGGAGAAAAAAAAAGUAAUCUCAUAAAGGAAUAUUCCGGGUUCAAUACAAGUUAUGUUCAAUCAACAGCAUUUGUGUCAUAAUGUUGAUUAGCACAGAAAUUAAUUUUGACUCGUCCCUCCUUUUCUGUAAAUCUGUGUUCCAGUGAGACACUUACAAUGGAAGUCAAUGGGGUCAAUAAUCUGUAAACAUUAAAAUACUCACUGUUUCAAAAGUAUAGACACAAGACAUAAACAAUAUGUGUGUUAACAUGAUUUUACUGUCAUAAAAUCACUUACCGCAUCUGUGGAAAGUUAAAGCCUGUUUUACAACUUCGGUGCAUCACGACGUAAUGCUGUAAUGCCGUAAACCUGAAAACGAUCAUUUUAAACUAGACACGUUCACAAGUAAUUGAUUAAUUGAGUACUCGUUCAGCUUUAAAUAUUUGACUUGUAAAAACAGUACUUGAAUAUUGCAGUUUGAUUUUCCUGUGUGCAACAAUGAAUUUUCUUAUCUCAGCUAAAUUUUGCCAUCACGGCUCAACGCAUUGUGUGGUGCUGUGCAUGCAUGACAUUGAUCGCGCAUUAUUUAAAGUGAUUGUAUCUCUUCAGAAGACUUGGAAUGUAUGUUUCUGAGUGAGUUGCAGAAGAAUUAAUGUAAGUGCUUUUAUAAAAUUAUAAGCGUCACAUUUCUGACUUUAAACCCUCUAAAAAUUGGCCCCAUUGACUUCCAUUGUAAGUGUCUCACUGGAACACACAUUUGUGCUUUUUUAAAGAAAAGGAGGGACGAGUCGAAAUAAAUUUUUGUGCUAAUCAACAUUGUCACAUAUGCUGUCGAUUGCAAGUAACUUGUUUUGAACCUGGAAUAUUCCUUUGACUUCAACUUGUUCCCUACAAUAAUACAGUUCACUGGAAAUAUGUUACACUACAGAACCUCCAGAAACCCGUUUUUAACCCUGCUUUUCUUUAAAUAAACCCUUUAAACAUGUGGGUUGAGGUGGGCUACUGUGAUCUUAUUGUAAUUUUUAUGUAAAAUCUUUUCAGAAAUCAUAUUGUGGUGCUGCUUUGUAAAUGUGGUCAGAUUAGAAACUCUAAAUGAUGAAAUUCGGUGUGAAUCAUGGAGAUAAAUGAGUGGAAUGUGUUUA